CCGCUUGGGGCUUGACACUGGUGUGGAAAAGAUGGCUGCUUCGGCGGCAACGGCGAGUUCUCCCCCCGGUUUGUGUCCAAAUUACGCCGUGGUUUGCUCGUUCCUGGAGCGAUACGGAGCCCUGUUGGACUUGCCGGAGCUCACCUUCCCUCAGCUGGAAAGAUACCUGCAGGACACAUCCUCAGUUCCAAAGCUGCUGGUUGAUCUUCACGUCAAGUUGCUGAGGAAGAUUGGGAAGUCGGUUUCUGCAGACAGAUGGGAGAAAUACCUCGUCAAGAUAUGCCAGGAGUUCAACACAACCUGGGCGUGGGAACUGGAGCAGAACGGAUACAAGGAGCUGUCCAUGGAGUGCAAGACGGACAUCCUGAAGUAUUUAUGCGAGAUCCAGUUUGACGAGAACGUGAAGUUCAAAACCGCCAUCAACGAUGAAGAUCCGGACAAAAUGCGGCUGCAGCCGAUUGGCCGGGACAAGGACGGGCAGAUGUACUGGUUCCAGCUGGACCAGGACGACAACGUGCGGGUUUACGUGGAGGAGCAGGACGACCUGGACAGCGCGUCGUGGAAAUGCAUCGUCAGAACCAGAAAUGACCUGGCUGAAGUUGUCGCUCUCCUAAAGACACAAAUCGACCCCGAGCUGCUGAAGAGAGACCUGGAACUGAAAAGUAAAACAGAGGGGGAGACGGACAAAGACAAAGGCGACACAAAAGGGACUGACGAUACGUCGGAUGAAGACCUGAAAGACAAAAAUGAAGGGACAGAAAACUUGGAGGUGAAACCAGAAGCCAAACUGUCACUAAACGGCGUCAUCGAAGCUAAACUGGAGCCAGAACUCGUUUCAGAAACCAUCAGCGCGAAGGCUCAAAGCAUCAAAGAAGAGCCGAUGGAGGCGGCGGACUCCAAACUGCUUCCGACCGACCCGACGCCGCCCUGUGCCGCCGUAAAGGGAGAGGAGGUGAAGAAGAGCGGCUCGGAGGAGAUCCAGCAAACCCUAAAAAAUGACCAGCAGGCCAAAAUCCCACUGAAGAAACGGGGAAUGAAGUUCAGCGAGGACUUUGGUGAGAAAAACGGCACCAUCAUGUCACAAAAUCCGUCUGUUCCUGAGUCAAAUCCGGAGCAGAAAGUCCAGAGAAUAAAAGAUCAGGUGAACGGUGAAGUUCUGCCUCCAGUGGACGGAGAACCCGAGAAACAGAGGAGUAAAGACAAACCCACAGAAAACCUUCCUGCUGGCGGCAAUAAAUCACUCCGGGACGAUUCGACAAGAACAGAAGAGAAGAAAACAAAAAACAGAGAAACAUACAAACCUCCCCAAGAAUCAACGCUGGCGUGUGAAGAUGGGGACAAAUCAUCCAAUCAGGAAGAGGAGGAGAAAAUGGACAAAUCCGAACCAGCAGAGGUCAAAGUGAGAGAAACAGAUAAAGCAAAUCCUGAUCUUACAUCUGCAGAGUCGGAGGGAAAGUCAUCCUGCGUGAAAAUGGACACAUCCGAGUCGAAAAAAGAGUUGAGUGGUGGCGAGUCGGAUUCAUCUGAAGCGAAAGACAUGAAGGAAAGCAUCAAAACUAAAGAUGUGGAUCUUGCAGAGGAAGUUUCUGCAGAGAAAGAUCAGGCAAAAGAUCCCGUAGAGAAAGAUCAGACGAUAAAAGAUCCUGUAGAGAAAGAUCAGACGAUAAAAGAUCCUCUAGAGAAAGAUCAGACGAUAAAAGAUCCUGUAGAGAAAGAUCAGACGAUAAAAGAUCCUCUAGAGAAAGAUCAGACGAUAAAAGAUCCUGUAGAGAAAGAUCAGACGAUAAAAGAUCCUGUAGAGAAAGAUCAGACGAUAAAAGAUCCUCUAGAGAAAGAUCAGACGAUAAAAGAUCCUGUAGAGAAAGAUCAGACGAUAAAAGAUCCUGUAGAGAAAGAUCAGACGAUAAAAGAUCCUCUAGAGAAAGAUCAGACGAUAAAAGAUCCUGUAGAGAAAGAUCAGACGAUAAAAGAUCCUGUAGAGAAAGAUCAGACGAUAAAAGAUCCUCUAGAGAAAGAUCAGACGAUAAAAGAUCCCGUAGAGAAAGAUCAGACGAUAAAAGAUCCUGUAGAGAAAGAUCAGACGAUAAAAGAUCCUGUAGAGAAAGAUCAGACGAUAAAAGAUCCUCUAGAGAAAGAUCAGACGAUAAAAGAUCCCGUAGAGAAAGAUCAGACGAUAAAAGAUCCCGUAGAGAAAGAUCAGACGAUAAAAGAUCCUCUAGAGAAAGAUCAGACGAUAAAAGAUCCUCUAGAGAAAGAUCAGACGAUAAAAGAUCCUCUAGAGAAAGAUCAGACGAUAAAAGAUCCUCUAGAGAAAGAUCAAACGAUGAAAGACCAGACGAUAAAAGAUCCUCUAGAGAAAGAUCAGAUGAUAAAAGAUCUGUCAGAAAAAGUUCUGGUGACAAAAGUUUCUGCAGAGGAGGAUCCUACAGAGAAAGACUCUGCAACGAAAGAUUCAAUGGAAAAAGAUCCUGUGGCAAAAGAUCCAACAAUAAAGGAGCUAACGACAAAGGAUCCGCCAAAGAAAGAUACAAUGACAAAUGAUCCUGUAGAGAAACAUCAGACAAAAAACUUCUCUGCAGAGAAAGAUCCUGUGGCGAACAAUCCGUUGAUAAAAGAUUCAAUGGCAAAACAUCCUGCAGAGAAAGUUUCUGCAGAAAAAGAUGCUGUAGAGGAAGAUUUGACAAAAGUUUCUGCAGAGAAAGAUCCUACAAAGAAAGAUUUGACGACAAAAGAUUCUGUUGAGAAAGAUCUGGUGACAAAAGUUCCAGUGGAGAAAGAUCCUGCAGAGAAGGACUCGACAAAAAAUGUUGUGUCAAAAGAUCCAACAAUAAAAGAUUUAAUGGCAAAAAAUCCUGUAGAGAUGGAGUCUGCAAAGACGGAUCAGACGACAAAAACGUCUGCAGAAAAGGGCCCUGUGGCGAAAGAUUUGACAAAAGAUCCAACAAUAAAAGAUCAUGCAGAGAGAGAUUCAACAAAAAAAGAUUCUGUAGAAAUAGAGUCUGCAACGAAGGAUGUGCUGAAAAAAGUUUCUGCGGAGAAAGAGCCUGCAGAGAAGGAUCCUGAUGCAAUGAAAACAGAUCCUGUAGCGAAAGAUCUGUCGGAGAAGGAUUCAACAAUAGAAGAUCCUACGGUAAAGGAUCCUUCAGAUAAAGAUCCUGCGCAGAAAUCUGCUGAACCUAAAGCUACAAUAAUUCAGUGUGCGGAUGCAAAAACAGACAAACCAAUAAUCACUGACAUAUCAGGAGAGAGAACAGAAGCACCUCAUGUAAACAAGGACAAAUCAGAGUCAUGUGCAACCAGCAGGAAGAGCGACGACGUCGAAGAGGUGAGUUCAGAAAAUCAGCAGGACGUAAAGAAAGAUUCAAACUGCAAAGAUGGUACGAUAUGCGACUCCAGGCCGACAGGAGAAGAAUCGGGUGAUGAAAACAAUCGGACGAAGAUGCAAACCGACGAGAAAAACUCCAAACAGAAACCCUGCAAACAGACAGAUAAACCAUCCAGUCCUGCCGAGAAGAAAAAAUCCCCCAAAGAAACAGAAUCUAAACGGAAAGAGGAGAAAGUGUCGUUGACAGCCAAGGACCCACCAUCAGAAAAUAAGAAAGAAAUUUCACCUGACAAAGGAAAGGAAGAGGACUCCCAAAAAAGUGAAAUAACGGAUGAAGAAGCUCAGAAGCAAAACAAAACUGAGUCGAGUCCAACAAAUUCAAGCAAAGAAUCCGAGUCGUCAAAAGAAACGGAGGAAAAACAAACCAAAGGAGCAGCCGGUGACGCGCCUGCAGACUGCGGCAGGAAACCAGAACAGGUGCGGAACGGCGACGGAGGCUCUCCGCCACAAGGGGGCGCACGCCGACGAAACAAGCCACCGGCGCUCAGGAGGAGAGCCGAGCUGCAGAGGGAGGAUCGCCACGGCGACUCGGAGUCGGACACAAACACGGGGCGGUGUCUGAGGCGGUCGCCGAGGAUCUCCAGGCCAACGCAGAAGGCUGUGGAGGUUCAGGAGAAGAAGAUGGAGAAACCCCCGCCCACUACUCUUCCUCAGGACCGUGAUGAAGACCAAGACAAGAAAGAAGAGGAGGAAGAGGAAAAAGCGGAUGUGAAGACUGUUCAAAAGAAACCCAAAGAGAAAAAGGCUGAUCAGGAGGGCCAGCCAAAACCCAAAGGGAGAAAAAGACGGAGAACUCGGUGGUCCAACACUCGAACGCGCAGGAAAAGGAAAAACUCCGACGACGAGGACGAGAACAGCGAGGAGUCAUCGAGCGAAGAGGAGGAGAGCGAGGAGGAGGACGACAGCGAUGAAGACUACAAGGUCGAGCGAAACCGGAAGAGGAGGAACCGGAACCGGGAGAGGCGGAGCUCGGACUCUUCCACGUCUUCCGACGACGAUCUACCUCCAAACGACGACCCCUGCAAACACUGUGGUCUUCCAAAUCACCCUGAGCUGAUCUUGCUGUGCGACUCGUGUGACAGCGGCUACCACACCGCCUGCCUGCGGCCGCCUCUCAUGGUCAUCCCGGACGGAGAAUGGUUCUGCCCGCCCUGUCAGCACAAGCAGCUCUGCGACAAACUGGAGGAGCAGCUGCAGAACCUCGACGCCUCGUUGAAGAAGAAGGAGCGGGCCGAGAGGAGGAAGGAACGGCUGAUUUAUGUGGGGAUCAGCGUUGAGAACAUCAUCACGCCUUCUGUGGAGGUGGAGCAAGAAAAACCUGAGAUCGUCAUCAAGGAGAAGAAAGAAGCAAAGCGGAGUAAGAGCUGGGGCCGCAGAUCGACGAGGGCCAAGAAAACCAUCAGCUACAGAUUUGAUGAAUUUGACGAAGCAAUCGAGGAGGCCAUUGAGGAAGACAUCAAAGAAGCAGAAGGCGGAGGAGCCGGUCGGGGUAAGGACAUGGCCAACAUCACGGGCCACAGAGGCAAGGACAUCUCCACCAUCCUGCAGGCGCAGGAAGGGAAGGAGAACGGCCGUCCGCCGCGACCCAACGCCGCCCAGCGCAGGAAGAAGCGCCGGCGACUCAACGACCUGGACAGCGACAGCACCGUGGACGAAGAGGAGAGCGAGGAAGAGUUUUGCCUCAGCGAAAGCUCGGAGGAAGAGUUUGUCGUGUCCGACAACGAGACGGAGCCGGAAACGGAGGCGGAGUCGAACGGCAGCGACCGCGGCGGGCGGCGCCACGCGUCGUCGUGGAGCAGGAGGCCGCAGAAACGCAGGCAGAGCUCCAGGAAGAGGAGGAGACCCAAGUGGUACUCAGAUGAUGAAGAGGACGAGACAGAUGAUGAAGUGGAGGAGGACGACAUUGAGACGGAACGGUCGAGUGACUACAGCGACAGCGACCUGGACAUGAGUCGGCGGCGGUCCCGGCGGAGCCACAAGAAGGAGGUGAACUACUGCGAGACGUCGGGGUCCGAAGGCUCUCAGGCCGGAACCAACCGGGCCAAGAUGAAACCCAGGCGGUGCCAGGAGAGCUCCGACAGCGACGCGAGUUUCUCCAGAGACUCUGAAGACGAGUCGAAGGACCUGAAGGUGAAGCGAAGAGUCGAUUCCUCAGAAGAAGACUCCCGGCGCAGGCGGCUGGCGCUGAAACGCAGGCGAGCGUCUCGAGACUCGGACUCAGACUCGGACUCUGACUCAGACGACUCUUCAGAGGAGGAUCGGCCCAUACGAAAGCGGGUGAACCGCAUCGACUCGGAUGACGACGACGAGGAGGAGGAGCAGCAGCAGGAGGAAAAGCCGAAGGAGACGAAGGUGGAGGAGGAAGAGAAGGAAGAUUCAAAGGGAACAAACUCGUUGGACCGCCGCCCGGCGGAGAAGCAGCCUGCAAACGGACAGAGCGAGACGAAGAACUUGGACGGCGUCGCCGCUCCACACCUGGAGACGCCUAAAACUGUGAGUUCCACACCAGCCGCCGCCCCAAACGGACUGGCAGGACAGGAAAUGGCGGCGCAGGACGAGGACGAGGACGACCUGUUAGGAGUCACAGACUUGGUGGACUACGUCUGCAAUAAUGAACAAUUGUAAAAAGACAACAGAAAUGGUGUACCGUUUAUUAUUUUUAUUAUUUUUUUGUGGUAUUGUAUUUUUAUAUUGCUUAACUUUAUUAUUCCCUCCCCCUUCCACCCAUUGUUGUCGUUUUUAUUUCGACAUGGAGCUUCUUUCUCGACGCCAACACAUCAUCAGAUCCUCCACUGCCAAACCCGUCGUCGGUUUUCCUCCCAGCUGGUUUUCUCUUUUUGUAGAUUUUUUUAUCUGUUGAAGCACUAACAUACAUUUACAAAAUCUGGCACUGAAACGGUUUGUAUUUUGAACAGUUGGUUACUGUUUGAUUGCUUGUCUGACUUAAAGUAUCAUUCCUUACCAAAGUUGCACCGAUUGCAGCUUUCCGGCUGAUUGACGAUCUUCGGGGGGGGAUUUGUAAAUUAAAAUGUGUUCAAAAUAUCUUAAAGGAAGAAAUUUUAUUCAAAUGAAUACACCCAGUUGAAAUUUUUUAGCGCCCAAAAAUAAAUGUUUUUUUGUACAGUGGAGUUUUGAUUUCUUGGCUUUGUCCUGUUUUUAGCUUCUCUGUAAAUGACAUAUUGAAUAAGCUAACCCUUAAAACAGCUGGAUGAUUCCGGCCAGCAUCUGGAAAUCUGUUCUCCUUUCCCACCAUCCGUUUUCCAUCCGCCUCGUGUUCAAGGUGCGAAUGCAUCCGAGUGACCAACCCGUUUUUUUUUUUCACCCCUCCCUCCUUUUUGAACUUUUGUAUUUGAGUGAUAGUGUAGAUUUUUGUAUAUUGUAUACAUUGUGUAAUUAUUUGAAUUCUGUGUAUUGCCAUCAGCACCAGUGGUGAGCUCUCCGUUAUUGAGAAUUGUUUUGAGGAAAUGAAAGUUAAACUAUUGUCCCUCCUAAUCCUCAGAUCUCGCAGUGUCUUCAUAUUUCAUUUAUUUUGUUUUUUGUAUUUUUUGUAUAUCUAAACCAUUAUUUUGAGUAAAAAUGUAAAGUGUCUCAUUUUUAUGUACAUUGUCCCUCAUUGCAUGUUUAAAAUCAUGCAGCUCCAUCGUAACAUUGUUUUCCUCGCUCUUCUUCCCCAGAUCUUCCAGCACUUCUUUUGUUUUCGUAAUCUUGAACCCGAGCCGGGUUUUCUGGAUUUAUCCCCAAAGGUUCAAAAUUAUGAGGAGUCUGUGUAAUAAGCAGCUUGGAAGUAAAACUGAGACGUUUUUCACAAGAGGAAUGGACGCAAAAAAUUCAAACCAAUGACUAUACUGACCUCUGCUGGAACCAGUCUGUGUGUAUAUGUGUAGUUUUUGCUGUAAUAUAUUUAGAGGCAUUUUGUAAUCAUGGAAAAGGAAAUAUAUUGGGCAAUUCUAUGGGAUUGCAUGGGUUUCUAUUAGGUUUUUUUUGUAGGGAAGUAACAUUGGCACAACAGGUUUUAUAGCAAAAUCAAAAAAAUCUGGGCAUGUUUUACAGAUGUGUGUCUCCUGACCUGUUUUGUUGGUGCUGAGGACGUUGUGUCAUAGGCAGGCGCUGACCAAGUGAAGGGGAAUGGGAUGACCUGAUUUGAGAGAGAAUAUUGUAAAAAAAAAAAAAAAAACAUUUGUAAAUUUUUCUGGAGCGCCGUCUCCAGAGGAUAAGUUGCUCUAUUGACCGGAAACACGACUUCCAAGAAGAAACAAAACUCUACGAGCUGCUUACAGUGAACACAAAUGUUACCACAUCCAGUCUUCAGCUGGACAGAAUUUUGCGAACCCAAAUAUAAAAGUUAUAAUAAUAAAAUGUGUUCUGGUGGGCUGAGCUGAGAAAUGUGUUGAUGCGUGUUGCAUAGAAACAACAUGAGCUCAGUGAAAAAGACCAGUGCCAACGACUGAAGUGUUAACUGUUUCCUUUUUACCUCAUGAUGAAGCUGGAAAGAAAGAAACUGUGCAUAGUUCCUAGUAGACGGAUUGUGUUUUGUCUGCUAUAUACUUUUGUUUGUUUACUGCUAUUUCUUAUGGAUCGGCUCUUGUACAUUUCUUAUAAUAAACUGGGUUUUAAGCCAUA